GACCUGCUGGUGAUCACGAUGACAGUGCUGAAAACGCUGUCUCUAUUGACCAUAAAUAAGUUGACGCUGGUCCCCAUGACUCUAGAGGAAUGUUCAGCAUAUUCAAUCGAUCAUUCUUUCACACCAAACACCGUUCGUUCCCGAAAUCAUGGUUGCCCUCAAAUUUGUGCAAUAUAUUUUGGCGUUUUCGUCAGCCCCUUUAAUAGUUUCCGGUGCUGUUGCACCCCUCGAAAAACGAUGGCCUCUAGAAAUUGUUGAAUCCAUUCAUAGCCCUUCAUGGCCGGAGUUUAUCAGCACAACCACACGGUGGUCUAACUACCAUGCCCCCACUUUCGAUUGGGCCUUUGUUCCCAAGUCCGAGAAAGAAUUGUCUGUUGGUCUUAAUUUUUUCUCAAGGAAAAAUAUGACAUGGCUCGCCAAAUCGGGGGGCCAUGGAUACUCUGCAACUCUUGGUAGUGUCAAAGACACGAUCAUGAUAAACAUGAAAGGUUUCAAGUACGCCAAAAUGAAUCCCGACAACACGGUAACUGUGGGGAGUGGAGCAACCUUCCAGGAUGUAGCAGACGCCGUUGGAGCUGCCGGUAGAGAACUUACCAUCGGAUCAUGUCCCUGCGUAGGAGCUACCGGCGCCAUGCUCGGUGGCGGUAUUGGACGGCUUCAAGGCAAGCAUGGUCUGACGAGUGAUGCAGUUCGUAAAGUUCGCAUGGUGCUCUGGGACGGCACUGUCGUCGAAGCUUCUGAAAAUUCUCACCAGGGCCUCUUUUGGGGUGUACGCGGUGGUGGUCAGAACUUCGGUAUAGUGAUCGAGACGACUUUAGAGACAUUUCCCCAAUCGAACGGCGGUCUCCACUACAUGGCAGACAUGCAGUUCGAUGGCGAGUCUCUGGAGUCUAUCAUUGACAUUAUCAACGGCUUGUUCCCGGUUGACCCUGCUUUGUCUUUGGUAAUCAUUAUCGCAGUCGAUCCUGAAUCAUUCAAGCCUUUGGUGGCGAUGAAUUUAGUAUACGCUGGCGCCAAAGAAGACGGAGAAAAAUACACGAGAAUGUUUGCGCCAUUCAGUAUUUCCCGUAAUGAGACGGUCAUUCCGUGGGCACAAUUGGGCUACGCCGCCGCUGGCGGCGCCGUCGCGAUCAAGUGUGAGACGGGCCAGAGCCAUAGCAUGUAUGGGUCUGUCGUUAAAACACUGGAUGCGCCCACUUUCCGCCGCUUUUUCGAUUCGUUUAGCUCAUUUGUAGACACAAACAGAGCUCUCGUCAACAGUACGAUCCUAUUGGAGGUUUUUGGCCUGGACGGAAUCGAACGCCGUCCUGCUAGUUUCUCCGCGUUUCCGCACCGUGAAACAUUCAACAACCUGGUGGAAAUUGAAAUGGCUUACACCGACAACACGAUAGCUGACGCUGCUGACGAUUGGGCUCGCGGAUGGCGCGAUACAAUGUCUUCCCCUGAUGUGUCUGGGUACGAGCAAAUGGUUCAGUAUCAAAACUAUGCACAUGGUGAUGAACCUUUAUCAGCCCUGUACGGAUAUGCAAAGUGGCGUCAUGCACUUCUCACUGGGCUGAAGAGGAGGUAUGAUCCACAUGGGUUCUUCAAUGGGUAUCACGCUGUCCCUGCAGACCUUGCGGGCUGGAGCUGAAAGUUCCAUUGUCAGAACCGUUCUUUGUGACAGUGGACUUCCAACCCCUCUCAUCAUGUUUUGAGGUUGAAAUGAUUGCUUCAUAUGGACUGUAUGGAUUGCUGAUGGGUAUCUGAGUGGGGUCUCUCUUUUGUGUGUACAUUAGUCAGUUUUGAGAUAGA